AUGCCUGCGGCAGUCGAGGCCCAGGUGGCACCUGGUGGUGAUACCACAGGUGCUGCGCCGCCGUUCGACAAUGGCCACGACGACAAACCGACCAGUAAACUAGACCCCAACAGAGACGCCCGCGCAGACAAAGCCGGCAGGGCCAAUCUCUUCGAAGAUGCCCCCAGCAAAGAUGGUGACGAAAAGGGUAACCCGAGCGGUAUCGCCAACGGGCCUGGUGGCCCAGCUCACGAUCCUGCCCAAGUCGUUGACAUGCAGGAAGCCACCGUGACGGGCAAAAAGAAGCGAAAGAGCAAGUCCACGGCCGCACGUGGCCCGACGGCCCUUCCCAAGAGAUGUGGUACCGGCUUCGAAGAAUACUAUGCGGAACCGCCCUUGACCGUCGACGAGUUUGAGGAGGAGUUGGACCUAUACCACGCACGCAUCGAGACUUGUAUCCAGCGUUACCGUGCCCGUCGUCGCCUUGACAAUGACCGCACCAACCUGUUCAACCAAUAUCUCAGGCUCGGUGGCAUCGACUGCACGCCCCGUAUGUUCAAUGGUGCCGCUGGCAUGGAAGACGGCGAGAACUUGACCAAGGACGAUGUGCGCGCCCUGACCGCCACCGACGUCGUGUCGCGUGCCGGCAGCAAGAACUCCAAGUACUACGCCUCGGACAAUGCCGACCUCUGGACCGUUGACUUUUCCGGGGUCUUGUCUGGAUUUUUCAUUGGUGGUAGCAACGAGAGGCUCAUGAAAGUCGGCAUUGACGUCGUCGACAAUUUCUUGCGCUACCUACAGCUCCACGAUGUCUGCCCCGAGUACGAAGAGGAUGUCAAGAACGCCCGCCAGAUUUGUGCCAAGGCACAGACGGAGCUGCCCAACCUGCUGCGGGCACUACCUCUCAUGCCAGGCCAGUUUAACAUGGCAUGCACCAAGCUAUUUUGCAAGACGGCCGAGCACAAGGUCGAGCAUGACGGCCUCGACCCGCUGGCCGUACUCACCAACAAGGAUUGGGACGCAGAACACAUUUUCCGGGCAACCGUUGCGCUGCAGGACCUGGUCAUUGGCACCCGGGCGACCACGAUGGCCCAGGUCGACAUGUCCAGUAUUCAAAUUGUCAGCACCCGUGAGCUGGAGCUCGAGAUCACCAAGAUGGUGUGGCCCUCUUCUACGAUGAAGGAACGCUAUACUGCAGCGAUUGCCGAGGACACUGCCAAGGGGGAGGCGGCGGGAGGCAAGAGGGCCGAUACCAACUCCAAUGACAAGUCAACCUCCACCAAGGCAGUGGACGCGGACAACAUUAUCAGACGCGCCGGUGUCGUCAUAACGAAACACUACCGCAUUGAAGAAGGUGUUGCCAACCAGCCGAUCCCCACUGAGGACGAGCUGGCCCGCCGCGGUCGGUUGCGGCAUGCGUUUUUCUUGGACGUCGACCUCAUGGACCUGCUGUGCCCUGGCAUGAAGCUGCGCGUCGUCAUGCACGAGCUCAACUGCGACCUCAAUUUCGUGUCGGUCGUCAAAGAACUGCUGCCCUCGUUUUACACCUUCUUGCCGCAGGAGCUUAUGUCCGACUGGAAAGAGCCCCGGCCGAACGAGCGCGAAGGCCCCUCUGUCGAUAACCCCGAUGCUGACGCCGACGCCGAGGCGGGCAAUGAGGAGAUGGAGGAUGACAAGUAA